AUGAUCAAUCAUUUAGAGCUUUGUGAUGCUCUAGACCGGGCGAUCUCUAAGAAGCCUGAAAAGAGGAGCCGCCUUGCGCCCUAUUUCGACGCUAUCUUCGAAUUCCAAUCCCCCUACCAAUCGCCAUCCCCUUCUCCUCCUUCAUCUUACAUAUCGGAACCUAAUUCACCCAUACGAGAGACAGAAUCUAAUGUGGAAUUCAUGAUAUCAAGGAAGAUUCUUGAUCCAGAGGAUGUGGGAGAUAUCACUUGCGACGUACAAAAGCGCGGAUGA